AGCUUGAUCUGACGUGUUCCUGGAUUUCUCCUACCCUGUAAACUUCUGCCGCUGAGAGUCGGAACUUUUGAAGCGCUUCAAAGUUUUUCAACUGCGCUUUUGGCUUUUGAAGGAUUUGAGGUGGAUGGUCCGGCUCUUCCAGGAGCGCGUCCAAGUGCGCGGAAACGUGUCUGGUGUCUUUGGACCGACUGAUGCCCCCCUCUCCCCCUGACUCGUGAAUCAUGUCACGCCGGAAGCAGAAGCGACCCCAGCAUCUCGUUAAUUCGGACCCAGGAGGCCCACGGUCGCUAUCGCAGGAUGAACACCUGGGCAUGAAGUCUCCGUCUACGUCUCUGGGCUCAGAAGUUACCUCAUCUGGAUCCUCUUCUUCAUCCCCCACUUCUCUCCAAGACUGCCAGCCACCUCUGGCCCCUCGCCCAUCCCCCGGUGGGCUCCACGCGCCCUCUUUACCAAACGAGAGUUCACCGCCUCCCCAUUGGCCCAACCACAUUGCCCCUUUUACCACCUCCCUUCCAAACACCCAUUCUUCCCUCUCCCCUGACUUCCCUCAUCCCUCCUUAUCAUCGCAGACACAUUCGCCUCCUCCACUUGGUCAAACCUCAGGCGCCCACAUACUGUCCCACCAGGGAAACUCCCAUUCCACUAUGACAUCCCCGACAAUGGGCAGUUCAGCCACCACCACUACCUCCUCCUCGUCCUCAUCAUCGUCUCAGUGUGCUGGGACCCAGCGUGACAGCUCAAGUCCAGGUCAGCAGCAGGCCUCUGCUUCCCCUGCAGAGCAGGGACAAAUGCAGGUGCCGCCAACUUUGGCGAUACUUUUAGAGGAGCUGAGGGUUUUACAACAGCGGCAGAUCCACCAGAUGCAGAUAACCGAGGAGAUCUGCAGGCAUGUGCUCAGACUUGGAGGGGCUGUAUUUGGUCAAGAGGGGAAUAUACAGGUUAAUGGUGGAGAGAGCAACCAGAAAUCUGUGGCCACAGCGUCACAGUCCCCUACUCAUCCCUCCACAGCAACUCCAACCACAGUUUCAUCUCUUCUGACAAGCCUUCCCUCCUCCCUCUUUCAACAACCCCCUGCCUCCAAAGCUGCGCCUACACAUGUCAGUAAGGCUCUUUCUUCCACUGCGCCCACAAUAUCUGCCUCCAACCCCGCCAUUCCCUCCUCUCUCUGCUCUUCGGUUGCUUCCUUGCAUCCACUGUCCUUGUCAUUGGGCCUGCCACCACGCUACCUCCAUGAGAAAUCCUCAAACACCAGUUCAUUUGGACACACUAAUGCGAUCGGUUUUCCCACUUCCUCCAUUUCAAAUGGUAGCCACUCCCAGGAUCACCAACCCAGCUCUUCUGUUGGAAAUGCCUCCUCCUCUGGGCGCCCACAACAUGUGUGUCGUUUUUGCGGGAAGGUUCUGAGCAGUGACUCAUCUCUGCAGAUCCAUCUUAGAUCACACACAGGUGAAAGGCCAUACCAGUGCCCAGUCUGCCUCAGUCGCUUUACAACCAGGGGAAAUCUAAAGGCCCAUUUCCUGAGGCACAGGGAACAGAACCCAGAGUUGUCGCUCUCACUGCUCCCACCUGCUCUGUCAGAACAGACUCAUAGUGGGUCGGCUCCUGGAUCAGCGCAGAGAAGGAGAAAACGUAGAGCUGAAGAUGAAGAGCCAUUUAAUGGAGUGAAAGGAAGUGUACCAGGGAUGGCGGACAACAUGGCUUUAGGGUUCUUGUCUGGAACAUCCACUCGCCCUUCCCCAUCUUCUCUACCUCUGCCCCCGACUGUGGACAUGGCACUACUAUCGACCGCUCAUUCACUUCUACAGCUAAACAGAGCAUCAGCUGCCGCCAGUGUGUCAAGUUCUGUGCUGUCCUCAACAUCUUCAUCAUUGUCCUCCUCUCCCAUGGGAAGUCAGUAUAAAGGAGCCAAGCAGCAGCGCUUUGAUGAAAAUACACCGCCACAAUCAGCACUCCAUACACCUGCCUCAUAUCCCCAACUUGCACACCUUCCCAAGAUUCUCUUUCCCGGCGGCACUUCACCUCAUCACCUUGCACUUCUGCGAGCACCGGGCCAUCCAUCCACAUCCCAGCUUACCUCACCCCAUCAGCUUCCCUUUCCCUUUCCUCCCUUUCCCAAGCCAACAACUUCCUCCCCUUCCUCCUCGCCAGCAACCUCGAGUCAGACCUCAGACACCUCCAAGUUACAGCGGCUAGUUCAAAAGCUUGAAAAGCAGCCACAGGGUUCCUCUUCGUCCUCAAACGCGUCCUCCACCUCGUCACUAAGCUUUGCUGAGGCCAAUGGGGACACGAAUGGCCAUGAUCUGAGCACCACCUCGAGUGCUUACCGUCGGGAGAUGUUAGCUGCUCUGGGUCUGAGUCCAAGUGCAAAUUCUUCUGGUGUUGCAACAAGCCAGGGGGAAUUGGAUUCCCACACAACAACCUCCACUGCGCCAUCAUUGCCCACUACACAGACUGCCAAUCAGUGUGGGGUUUGCUUGCGUGUCCUCAGCUGUCCAAGGGCUCUUCGUUUGCACCAGGCAACGCAUAUGGGAGAGCGUCCAUUUCCUUGCAAGUUAUGUGGCCGCUCCUUCUCUACCAAGGGUAGCCUAAGAGCCCAUCUUGCAACUCACCGUGCAAGACCACCAAACUCUCGUGCCCUAAACUCAUGCCCAUUGUGCCCACGCAAGUUUACCAAUGCCUUAGUUCUUCAGCACCAUAUACGCUUACAUCUUGGAGGUCAGUUACCCCCGGAUGAAGACAUACCACCUGAAGAUGGUGGUGAUGUAGAGAAUGGAGCCUUUGAAGAUGGCGUGUGUGAUACUAACGCCUCUCCAGCUAAAGGUCCACAGAUUCUUCCCCUCGCCUUAACAUCAGGCUUGAAGCCUGUCAGUGUUACUGACUCAGCUGCUGCUCAAAAGAAACCCGGAUCGACUGACAAGUAUUCCGUUAGCACUGACGGAUUAGGGGGGUCAACACCGAGUGUGAGCCCCCCUGUAACCUGUAAUUCCUCUUCAGUGGGAACUAAUGACCCCCUGGAUUUAAGAGAAAAUGCCCAAGUUGAUGAUACCGCCGUGAAUGGCUCCAUCUACUCUGACCAGGAGACCAAAGUUGAUCCAGGCAACACAGUUGAAGUGCCCUCAGCUGGCUCCCAAUUUACUGACAUGAAUGGUGAUGCAGAGAGUGACGACAGCCCACUUUCCCUUUGUGUUCCUAAGCCUUGUGGUGAAAAUGAUGUUCCACUGAAAGAAAGCGGCAAUGCUGCCAGGUUGUUAGAGGAAAAACACAUUCCAUUGAAGGAGGAUCCCAAAGUAAGCGCUGAGUCCCACCCAGAGACCCAAGCUGUGAAUCCACUGCCUGCCCUAACACCUCCUGCCAGUCCACGGGCAAAUUCAGAAUCCAAAGAAGUGGAUCCAGUGACAGAUGAACUUCAGAAGACGGAGGACAACCAGAGUACAGGGCCGGGUGAGACAAGCACAUCCAGAGACACAACUGUGGAUGAAGAGCACAUGCUAAAGGAGCCGAGUGACAGUACUGCUGAAACACCCUCAAAGGACCCAGACCCUCCUGCUGCGCAACAAACCCCUUCCACCCGCGCCGACAAGCCCUACAGCUGUUCGCUGUGUGGGAAGGCGUAUGCUAGCCGCAGCGGGCUCAAGGGUCAUAUGAAAACUCACCCCGGGGCGACGACCACGUCCACGUCCAAGGUUCAGUCCGGUGAAGGAGACACCACGGAGGAGAAAGAAGAGAAACAGGAAUGCACAGCUGCUCUAGGCGAUGCUGACCAAGCUGGCGAGCCCAUGGACACAACAGUCUAGUUUUAUAGUUAGAAUUGACGCACAUCUAAAGGGUCCUGACAAAGGAAUGUAUUUUUCCAUGUUUUUGUCUUAUUAAUUCAUUUUUACAAUGGUUUAAAUUUGAGCUAGAGUGUUAUUCUAAGUGUGAAUGUAGUCGUCUUAGCUGUGUAGUUUCUUCAGACCACAGUGAGGCCUCAGCCCGACAGGCCUCACAGCCUUAUGUUAAGAGCACAAGCACGACAUGUGUUAGCUGGUGUGAGUUCUACUGACGGAGACUCGACAUAUACCAAAUUAGACCUGAGUAAGCACUGGCCAGUGAUUGUAAAUACGAGCCGUAGUUGUCAUUGAGAUGCUGCUGAACACAUGUUGAUGAUGAGUUGCACUGUGACUUUCUCUGGAUCUGGCGAUGACCUUGAAGAUGAUGUAACUCUUUCACAAGUGCUGUGCUUAAUAAGCUGCCACUCUUGAUGUAUAUAUUUAUCUGGUGCUCUUAGUGAAGAUCUUGACAGCAGUGACUCCCGUCCAUGACACCCCCCAUCACUUGCCCAUAUCCUGCUUCUUCAGAAGUUGUCAGCACUCCUGCUUUCAAGCUAGUGUUUGUAUAUCUUGUACCACUUGUAACCUUUUUUGUAGCA